AUGCCCAGACAAGGCUGCAGUCGCUGGGUGCCGGCCCUCUCCCUCAGCUGCCUGCCCUGGAUCCCCGGCUUCUUGUUGCACACUGCUACUCUGCUGAGCACGGAGCCGAGAUGCGCCCGAGGGAUGCAGGUGACAUCCACGGGCCCGCAGACCAUCCAGAGGGCCGAGGGGGAGAGCGUGACUCUGGGCUGCAGCUACGCACCGAGCCCCGUUGACGCCGGCGAACUCGACAUCGAGUGGUCCGUGGUCAGUCCAGACACCACGCGGAAAGAUCGGAUGUUAAUGUCCUACACCGGCGGCACCCAAUACGUCCACGCCGACCGCGCUCUCGCCAAGGGCCUCCGCUUCGCCGCCGCCGACCCCUCGAGGGGCGACGCGUCGCUCACCAUCGCUGCGCUGUCGCCCGCCCACGGCGCCACCUACCAGUGCAAAGUGAAGAAGAACCCCGGGGUGGACGCGCGCAAGCUGUCGCUGGUGGUGAUGGUGAAGCCGUCUGUGCCUGAGUGCUGGGUGGAGGGGGGGGAGCUGGUCGGCGAGGCCGCGGCGCUGCACUGCCGCUCCGCGAGGGGCUCCACUCCCCUGACGUACUCGUGGAGGAGGGAAACCGCGGGCGCCGUCCUCCCCGCCGCGGCCACGCAGAACAGUGUGACCGGGGAGCUGAAAAUCAGCAACCACUCGCAGAGCUUGGCAGGCGUCUACCUCUGCGAGGUGAACAAUGCGGUUGGCGCCCAACGCUGCAGGAUCAACCUGAAAGCGAUCAAACCUCCAAACAGAGCGGCCGUGAUAGUCGGCACCGCCGUGGGCUCUCUGCUCCUCAUCGUCAUCCUGCUGGUCUUCAUCGGGCUUCUUUACUGGAAGAUGAGCAGCAGAUUCCGCCACGAGAAGGAGUUCUCCAACGAGAUCAGGGAGGACGUCCCGCCUCCGGAGAGCCGCCCCGCCAGCCGCCACACGUGCCGGAGCGCCGGCCACCAACCGCAGGUGACUUACUGCGGGCUGGAUGACGGGAGCUCUUUCAGCGACGCACCCACACAUCCACCCCGGAGCUCCACGCCGGUCAAAUGCACAUCGGCGGGAUAUGACGGCAGGUACGGAAACGCAGUGUGAGCGGAGCGGAGCUGAGCUGAGCGGAGUUCAGCAGACGAGUCGAGACGGUGGAACUGAACAUGUGCAGCAGCGACAGUUUAAUUAACUGAACUCAAAGCUGUGAAAUGUGAUGAUAUUUUUUUUUUUUAUGAUAACUCUGCUCGUGUUAAUUCCUUUGAGACUCUCCCCUCUCUUAGCGAG